GCCGAGCUCUUACGGACAACAUUGCUUCCCCCCUCCUCUGCUUUUUCUCUCCGGGGUGGCAGAUGCCGGAUUGAGAGCAGCGCCGCAGACCACCCAACCACCCCCCACAAGGCGAUGAGGGGGGCUUUCAUCCUCGCCGCCGCUUUCAUCCUCGGGGCUGCGACUUUGUACUUCGGUGUUUUGGAGGAGGCUUGGGUUUCGGGUGUUGAUCCUUCUGCCUUCGGCCGAAAGGUGUUGGGAGGUACAUCGGCAUGGCAUCCCUCUCCGGAGGCGCUGAAGCGUGGCGUCCCCUCUCCCCUGGAGACAGCGCUGCAGCACGGCGUCGAAGCGGCGCUUCCGGGUGGCAGCUUCUCCCCGACGGAAACGGGGCUCCAACACGGCCACGGCGUCCCUUCUUCCACACCACCGGAAGCAGUGUCGCCGGCUCUGCUGCAUCUGUUCAACAGUCCCCAAGCAGAAGUGAUGCCUGAUGAAGGCACAAUGCUCGGACUCGGAGAAGGAAAGGUUGCAUCUCUGGGGGUGAAGCGCCGACGGAAGGUUUUCCAGGCCAACGACGGAGAUGCAUCAUCACCACCUCCACCACCACCUCCACCACCACCCAACCCAUGGGAGGAGAGAAGGACGAAGAAAGUCCUAACAAUCAUCGGAUGCAUUCUCACAAUCCUUGUAUACUGCAAUCCCAUCAUUGUUUUCUGGAGCACCGGAAACAAUAUGAUCAUGACCGCUGCAUUUUGCACGAUGAUCGACUUCAUUGGAUCUGUGAUGGGGACAGGAGCUUGGCUAUUAUUUGCUGUUGUGCAAUUGCAUGGGGAGGAUGGGAAAACAGUUGGAGUCGAGGCAGUUCUAUCAAAUGCUGUCGGGCUUGCUCUUCUAACAAUGUACAUUACAAUCAAAAUUGCCGCACCCAGGAACUUGAAUGCAAUGGUAUGCUUCGGGUCAUUGACGGCAUUUGCCACCAUAAUUGGCCUUAGUGUGUCGCUUGCAGUCUUAGGACCUAUCCAGAAGGAUUCAAUGGCAGCACACGACAUGGCUCUUGCUGCUACUGGUCUGCAGGUCUUUUCUCAGUUCAUACCCUACAUCAGCGUGUACGGCCUUUUCCGUCCAUCUGCCAAUCCACCACCGAUGAAUAUUCGGAACAUGAGACCGCUGCUAAUCUAUUCAAGGGCAUCAAACUUCAUCAUCUCUCUCUUCUGGGCUAUGUAUGCCGUUCUUACGUAUCAGCACACAAUGUUUGAGGUCGCUAAUGUUUCCAGCACUAUUUUGGGCUUCGGAUCCUUGUGCCUUCACCUAGUCUAUGCGCUCGGCCCGGAUGCGGUGUAAAGUCAGAAUGAAUUCAUGAAGGCUGAUGACAAAUGAAAGUGAAUGACGAUGUAGCAGUUCUUGAGCGGUGAAGCUGACGCGAAUGUCUCGUGAAGUCGUGACUCAGAACUAGAGCGUGCUGUGUUUUCUUAACUGGAGAAUGUCACUGUUCAACAAAGAAUCGUGGUGCAUGAUCGAUUUUGGGGAUUUGUUGCUAGGUCAUUAGGUGACAAAGAUCUAGGACUUGAGAUUUGGAGGAAGAUUUUGAACCGCUAGUUCCUGUUCUUCAUGUCGGCUGUGAUAGCCGGCCUUUUCUAUCUGUCUAGUUAUUAGUACUACUCUGUUUUCGUUUCUGCCUGGAGGGUCAUAGCACGCUGCCGCCCGCCUCGUCAGGCAGGGGUCCGGCGCGCCGCCCCCACCCCCUCCUCGUCCCAACCUUUGCCGACGCCGCCCUUCUGGCCCCAACCACCGUCCUCCCGCCAAUCCAAGCCAACCGGCCACGGCCGCCGUGGAUAUGCAUGGUGCUUAUGUCAAUAGCAUACUGCUCCACAUCUACAAUCUUAUACCCUGUUAAUGGAGCUAACAAAUUGAGUUGGCAUCGAUAUGACUGAGCAUAAUAUUCACUGCUUGUUGACCUCCACCAGCAAUGCCAAGUUUUCAACAGUUUGCACAAAAGGCAACUUCUGAUUGCUUUAUCUGCUAAGGUUUCUUACUAAGUAGACAUGCCUUGAGCCAAGUAAAGAAGUGCAACAGUGCAUAUAUAUGGGAGACCAUGUACCUCGCUCUCCAAGUCUACAUAUCACCUGUUUUUACUGUUGGUUUUGUGGGAAGGCCCUAUUGUGAUGCUCUAACCAGGCAAAGGAGCGGGAUAUGAUGAGGCUGGUGAGGGAGAUGCUAGGUUGAAUCACGGGCGUUGGAUCGCUGAAUCGUUAUCUGAAGAAAAUGACACCUGAACUGAAGAUGCAGGCCAGUAUCGAAGGUACCUGACAAUGUCCCCUCCAAAGGUUAGACAUAUCCUCAUGGUGAUGAUGCGAAGGUGAAGCACGGCACUGGUCGCUUGUCUCGCGGAAAAAAAUGCUAGGAAUGUGCACUUGAUGAAGUAUGUGUCUUCCCAAGUCGCUUCUUCAGGUGAAAGGUUGGUCCACUGCACGAGGCAUUGAAUGGCCGGACAAGUUUCGCCAAGGUAUUUGUCGGACCUGUAAGACCAUGGCUGGUGAAGUUUUAAGAGUACCAUCAGCGUUUGCAAUAGGCAUAUCAGGGCUAGGAUUGGCAUGCUUGCCCAAAUGCUUCUUCAACAGACUCACAUGAAAAACUGGGUGGAUCUUUAUGUGGCCAGGGAAUUGCGGUAAUUUGUAGGCUACAUUGCCCACUUUCUUAAUUAUGGCAAAAGGAUCCUGGUAUUUGUGUUGUAAUUUGAUUGCUCCGCGGCAUCCAAAAUCGUCCAUACGAUGAGGUUCCAUCUUUAAGUAGACCCUCUUCAUUC